AUGGAAGGAUUUACAAGCACACUUUCCAUUUCGCCAACCUAUGGCACCCUCUCUAGCGAGCAAACCGAUAUGGGUACUGAGGAAAACUUGACAGGUGUUGUAGCUAGUGAUACAGCUUCAUCGGGCACUUCAACUGGAAACUUUUCAAACGAUUUUGAGCCAAGAACGGAAUCAACUCGGUCAGAAGACGAUUACACUCUUAGCAGUGAGAUAUUGAGUGAAGUUACACAGUUCUCAGCCACCGACGUAAGUGAUUCUAAGCAAAGAGGAAAGAGCGAAACAAUUUUUGGCACACUGAGUAUCCAAACGACAUUGAAGAGAAGAUCCACAACGAUCACGACAAUGUUGGGGAGCAGAUAUGCCUACACCACUAUUCCCUUUUCUGAUUCAGAAGAUGGAACCAUCUCUAGAAUUGAAGCAAGUGGCACGACAGUGGACUCUUCGGUGUCGUCAAGGAAAGUUACUGAGGAGGAAGAAGGGAACAUAACAUUGGAAACAACUUAUGAGGAACAUGCACCGGCAACUAAGAAGUUUGAGGAAAAAGAAGAGGAGAAACAGAGACCACCAAUGACGAGUACACUGACAACAAAUGAGAAUCGUCAUGUAACACAUGCUUCUUCUUCUGCUUCUACAAGAAAAGAAACCACUAAACCCUCAACUUCGGAAGCCUCUAAUCAAGUGGAACUGUCUGACCCUUUAUCUCCAGAAGCACACUCUACAUGGACAGAUAUUAGCGAUUUUGCCUUGUCAACAAAUCAUGCGCAUACAAGUGCACUGGAGGACGCUAAUCCAAACAAGGAUUCAACUACCUACAACUCAGAGGAUAUGACGACUGCAAUACCCACCUCAUCGCAUGAGAGACAAAAGAUAAGCACUAAAUCUGCUACUCCAGAUGCUGGUCAGAACACAGAAGGCAUAAGCACAGCAGAGAACCGAAGUUUCUAUCCUCAAACAGCGACAUCGAUAUCUCAGAAUCCUCUAGAGAAUGCUACCAGCUCAGGCAGAAGUGAAUACCCAACUUUCGAAGCAACGCUGACGGUGGAAGGGUCUACUUCUAAUCCUGUGACUGGCAGCAAAAAAGUAUCUGCCAGUUUAAAUUUGAGUAAGACGGGAAUUACCAGCUCAGGCAGAAGUUACCCAACUUUCGAGGCAGCAUCGACAGUAGAAGGGUCUACUCCUAAUCUUGCAAUCGGCACCAAAGAAGUAUCUGUCGAUUCACCUGCGAGUAAGACGGAGUCUUCAAACUACAAAGAAACGGCUACGACAGAAGUCGAAGGAGAAAAAAGUCGUACAAAACGUACUGAUCUAAUUACUAAGACUUCAAAAUCUAAGUUCGAGUCAACAACAUCUUCUCAAUCACUCGCACAAGCCCUUUCUACACCUGAAGUUUCGGUGGAGAGCAUUAAUUCAACGACCGGCAUAGCGGACAAAAGACCAAAAACGAAACUUUCAACUAUAGAAGAGGUAAGAAGCAAUCCAACAAGAGCAGCGGAUGUAAACGGCAAACUUCUAAGCUUCACAUCACAAGGGCCUACAUCUUCCUCCUUCCAACAAAAUUCGAUAACACCUUCCGCAUCAGAAUUUUCGAGAGGACACAGUUAUUUGAUAGCUAUAAUCACUCCAACAAGCGCUGAUUUCGCUUCGUCGGUUACGGAAGAAGGAUUUACUCGCCAUAAGACUACAAUCACAGACAGGAAAACCAGUAUGGAACUGCUUGAGACCAGCACAUCUGAGUAUCGAGAAACUACAACGUCCGCCAUAUCAGAUGAAUCUGAUGAUAUGGCUUAUAUAUCGAGCAGUGUAAGUACGGCUAGCUCUCAAAUGGUUCGCUCAACAACUCUAACACUCAAGUCAAUAUUGUUUACCAAAUCCAUUCCUGCACAAACCGGCUCAUUUUCAAUGAAAAAAAUACCUGCCAGUUCAUCUUUGCCUAGCACCUAUACGACCAAUGGAAUGUCAACUUCCUCAGCGGAAGAAUUCGCAGCUUCAAGCAUAGGAACUGAAUUUGUGUCACCUAUGACCGAUUCCAAAGAGCUCGGCAGGAUGAACCCGGACACAACCGCCUACACAAAGGAGUUAAUGUCAUCAAGAUUGCUCAAUUCGAGACUUUCGAGCAAAUUCUUCUCAAGUGACACAAGCAAAGCGAACGGUCUUGCUUCUUCUUCGCAGAUACAAGAAGAUACGACUUCUGCUUCCAGUUCAAUGGGAACAACCAACUUUAUCUCAACAGGGGCCUUCUCAACAGAUGACAAACAUUCUACAUCGAUGCCCUUCACAAGCACCAUCACUUCUGGUCUUAAUUCAACAAGACUGUCAGAAAGGCCUAGUUUUCUCACCACAGCACUACUUUGGCUUUCAACUGCAUAUUUGAAAACUCAAAGUGAUUACAACGCAUCUUCUUACUCUGCGACUAACUAUUCAACAACAGCCAGAGGACGUACAUACUUUACGCCUUCUACAGCAGAAAUCGCUAUUCCAGUCUCUACCGAGGAGACAAGCCGUUCCUUUUUACAGGAACUAUUCACGAGCGGACUAAAUACAAUAUCCCAAUUUCUGCAAAGCUCAUCGAACCUAUCGCGAAACUUUCAGACAACCACAGCAGUGUUGAAAAGUAGUAAUGACCUCACAGAACGCUUCGUACAAGUUGAUAAUCAAUCUCGGUUAACAUCCUCAAAGAUGGCAGGAACUUCGACUUUUCUAACUCUUCCACACAGCAAGCCAACACAUUUGAUAAAAGAUACAACCACGGAAAGGUGGACUACUGAAUUAGGUAGUAUUAAGAAACUUUGA